AUGUCCGAAGAACAGACUAUAGAGGGCCCGAGUAUGCCAUGUCCGGUAAAUUGUCCAGUACCUAUUGGAUCAGACUAUGCCGCACCAGCUUAUCCAGGCCAGCCAGACCUAUUUAAUGAAGUCGAAUGGGGCCCGUUUCCUUCCAACGAAGAUAUAGCAAAGGCGUACAAAGUGUGGUUGAUACCAAACAACACCCUAAAAGCAUCCCACCCCGCUACCAAUGGCCCAGCUGGUUGUCUGGUACGGAAUGUAUACGAGAGCAUUCUAACUUCCCCAGACUUGCCAAUUCGACGAGAAAAUUAUACUUUCCACCCUCCCAGGGAUGCUGAACGUACUGAAGGCUGGACUUAUAGCGACAUUUUUGGCACUGAACCAGAAGUGCAGGAGCAGUCACCAGAUAAUACCAUUUCUAGCGUACUGGUGCAAGGGCAUAACCCUCUUAUCGAUACAAAAUACUGGACAAAAGCAAGGCUCCAACCAGAACUGCGAUCACGGGGAAUCGAUGCAAACGGUCUUGUUGCUGAUCUAAGACAAAGACUCUACGAUGAUGAACGGCAAAAGUUGAGCAUCCUCGGCCACCAGGAGAGGAGAGCCGAGGAUAAAGGUAGUUUCCUACCUGUCCAGUCAUUGCCAGAAUGGGGCCUUAAGCGCAAAUCCGAUGAUUUCCUAGUCAAAAUUACUACACAAAGUCGUUUAUCAGCACUAGAUAUGUACACCUGGGCAAUACAUCUCAGCCCAUACAACCCCGCAUUCUGGACCAGCCGCGCAUACUUAUAUUACCAAAUGGGUCAUUUUGACCUAGCUAUCGGGGACGCAUACCGCGCACAACUCCUAUGUGAGAAACUUGUCAAUCCGUUAAACCGCCAUACUCAACCUGGUAUCUAUAUUCAUAUAUGGGACGCCGUCGAGCGCCACAUAUUGCAAACACCAUCCAACGGGCGCCAAUUUUCCCCGGAAGUCCUUCUGUUACGGAAAGGGAACGGAGUAAACAGCUUCAUUCCCUUAGUGCGCAAAGCAGUCCAUCAUAUUAUCGUGCUUAGCCUGUUGGCAAUGCAAUGCUGGGAAGAUUACUCUGCUACCGAACCGUAUCUAAGGACCAGACUUAUCAUGGCUGACCGCGACAAGAUUGCCAUGACAAAGAGGCAAGGGAAAAUAGCUGAAUUUAUUCAAGAAGCAGGAAAAGAAAAAAGACGCGAUGCUCGUGAAUAUUUUUUUCGAGCGACAUUAUGGCUUUAUUUCAUGCCGCCAGUAUCCAUUGCAGAUAAGUUGAAUGCGGAUAUGAUAAAAAAGUCACAGGCGCUGGUCUAUCGUCCUGCAAAGAUCCAGGUAGACGUGGACAGUGGGAGUCUGUCGGUAUAUGCAUAUGAGGACAUACGCAAGGGAACAGUCAUUUAUGUAGAUGAGCCAUCAAUAAGGGGCCAUCUUCAACCCCUGUACAAAACCUCAAAGCAUUUCUGCGAGAAUUGCAAGCGCCCGCUUAGCACUGGUGGCUCCCCACCAUCGCCCCCUACCGAGAAUAAGGCUGUACAGGAUCCAAGUUGCACCUGUUCCAAUUCCAUCUACACUCCUCUGUACUGGUGCAGCGCCGAGAGCCCUAGCUCAAGGGAUUCUUCUACAAACUCGUCUGAAUCCACGGGCGGUCGUCGAAGGCCGGGUGCCGAAACAGACAACGGACAGAAGACCACAAGGGGGAAUCCUUCAAAGAGACAAAAGACACGCGAUGAUCGUGCCAACAAACAGGGGCUUUCGUGCUUAGAUAUUGCAAAAUCUUUAUAUCAUAAUCGGGCCUGCGGGAAGAACUGGAACUGGCUGCACAAUGCAAUGCGACCAAACUACUGGAAGUCUGAAUCUGUACCACGGGAGCUGGGCUCUCUGUCCCAUUCAAACGAAAAACAUGGUACUUUAUUGAGCUUGUUGCUUAGAGAGGUGUUUGACAUCACUCUUCUCCGGCGUGAGACUGAUAACAAGCCUCAUUUGCUGGCCCACGAGAUUGACGAGCUAAUGCCAAUCCUACUGUGGCGUGCUGCAGGCAAGAAUAUGCCGUUCUCGUUUGCAGCGAAUAUCCAGGCUCCUUUUGACAUUCUCUCAUGUCUAGGUGUGAACAUUUUUCGGGACCUUUCAUUUGAUACCUGGGUGAUUCAACUUGUCCUUCGGAAACUGCUGAUGUCGGUCAUCCCCUGGCGUGCUCCAGGCGAGGAAAGGCGCGAGGACAUUCCUGAGACUCAGGAUGAGGUCAUCAAGCGUACAAGAGAGAUCUCUAAGUUUACUCCAAGCGAGUCGAAUUUAAUUAUGCCAACGUUCCCCAACCUUUAUGUCUUUCCUGCAAUCUCUGUGUUCAACCAUUCCUGCCCUCCUUACCAUAACGUGGAUUGGAAUUGGGAUACAGAAAUUCCCAACCGCCUUAUUCUACACGCCAACAGGUUUAUAAAGCAUGGAGAGGAGCUAUUUAUACGCUACACCAAAGCACCCCUCCCCAACAAUACAGCUGUGAGACUAUUUGGUAGAAGCUGCCUUUGUUCUGGCUGUGGGAGAGAGCGGUCGAAUUCUCCACCUUUGCCCGAUUAUUUCGGGUUUGCGACCAGUGAUGAGUCUGAGCCAGAAAACUCCUCGUCUUCAGGACAACCAACCCAAGGGCUUGGCUUGACUCGAUGGAGGUCGCCAGAGCCUAGCGAGGAGGAAACUUCUGGUGACAAUGGCAAAACUCCCGAGUCAAGGGAAAGAAGAAGCGGGGGUAGUAACCAACAGAGAAACGCGGAAGGUGACGAUCAAGAAGAAGACGAACUUGAGGAUUAUAAGAGUAGUUCUCAGGAGGAGUCAGCCUCGUAUUCAAAUGUUCAUACCUAUCAGGGGCGCACACCCUUUGACUACAACCAGGCUCGUGAGGGGCAGUCGAGAAAUCAAACUACUGAUGAUGGGUACCAACUGGCAGCACAACUUGGUCUUCAAUCUAUGUCAACUUAUCUCGAGCCAGAGGCUUCUCAGAAUAGCUCUCAGCCAUACGCACAGACUCGAGAAAGUCAGCACAGUCAACAAGGGGAGGAAACCCGUGGACCUCCCAGCUCUACAGCAGCUAGGAAUGCCAUGCCACCUCCAUCUCAAGGUUUCGGUCCAAGAGCCAGUCUCACUCAUGCACGCCGCUCGCAAUCUCCACAAGCCUCGUCACGUCGUCGUGGAGCUUUGAUAAAGCACAAGGGAGUUCUCAUGUCUUCUUAUCAGUACAAUCAACUUAUUGAGCGAGAGCGGAAAGCACAGCAGGAACGCAGUCAACAAGGGGAUGAUACGCAAGGUAGCUGUGAUAAGCAUGCCAAUUAG